GCGGCGCCCAGGCCGCGGGUUGAGCGGGAGGCGCGAGCGCUCCGCUCGGUGGUUUUCCUCGCGGGGGCCGGGCCCCGAGCCCGGAAUCGAGGCCGGAGCCGGUACCGGGGCAGAGGCGAGGGGCAGGAGUCCCUUAGGGGAGGGAUCCAGCCUGGCAGGGGGCGUCGAGAAGGAUGACCACGCUCACGCGACAGGACCUCAACUUCGGUCAAGUGGUGGCCGACGUGCUCUGCGAGUUCCUGGAGGUGGCAGUGCACCUGAUCCUCUACGUGCGUGAGGUUUACCCGGUGGGCAUCUUCCAGAAGCGUAAGAAGUACAACGUGCCUGUCCAGAUGUCCUGCCACCCGGAGCUGAACCAGUAUAUCCAGGACACGUUGCACUGCGUCAAGCCGCUCCUGGAGAAGAAUGAUGUGGAGAAAGUGGUGGUGGUGAUUUUGGACAAAGAGCACCGCCCAGUGGAGAAAUUUGUCUUUGAAAUCACCCAGCCUCCGCUGCUGUCCAUCAGCUCAGACUCCCUGCUGUCUCACGUGGAGCAGCUGCUCCGAGCCUUCAUCCUGAAGAUCAGUGUAUGUGAUGCUGUCCUGGACCACAACCCCCCAGGCUGUACUUUCACAGUCUUAGUGCACACGAGAGAAGCUGCCACUCGCAACAUGGAGAAGAUCCAGGUCAUCAAGGACUUCCCUUGGAUCCUGGCAGACGAGCAGGACGUCCACAUGCACGACCCCCGACUGAUACCCCUAAAAACCAUGACGUCAGACAUCUUAAAGAUGCAGCUCUAUGUGGAAGAGCGGGCUCAUAAAAGCAGCUGAGGGUGUGCCUGCCCCCGCCCCUCUCCGUGGAUGCCACAACUGUCGGACUUUGGGGGCCCAGCCCAGGGCAGCGCUGCAGGGCCACCCUGAUUCCAAGUGCUCUUAUUGCCUCUACGUAUGGACCACCCACCCUCCAGCCUGGGGUGCUCAGGCCUGGUUGCCUUCAUGGAGGACUCCUCCCCUGGAGGGCAGGGGAGGCUGCUGGGACCUCAAUUUCUCAGCCUCUGGGAUUCGGCCGGCCAACGCUGUCUGUCUCAAAUGCUGUGCUGUGAGUUGUUUCAAUAAAGAGCCCCCAGGGCU